AUGUUAAGCCUGUGUGGCAUUGAUUUGGGUAAGCAGUUGGAUAGCUCCCUUAACAUCCAUGUUACUGGAACUGGGCGGCGAAACUGGAGUACGGACCUCCACAAGCCUUUCAGUAUGUGGGGUUGCAGUCGCAGGCAUUUUCAGAAACACAGUGCUACAGUAAAUGCUUGUGAUGUUUGGGAAGAACUGAAAGAAAGAUUUGAUGAGAUUAAUGGAUCAAGAACAUUUAGUCUACAUAAGGAUAUAGCAACUCUAACUCAAGGAACAAUGUAUGUAUCUAUGUAUUUCAACAGACUCAAGGGUCUGUGGAAUGAAUUUGAGGCUUUAGUUCCUUCACCCGAUUGUAACUAUGAGAAAUCAAGAGAUUUUGUGAUAUAUCUACAAAGGUUAAAACUGUACCAGUUCUUGAUGGGGUUGAAUGAGUCCUACACACAACCUAGGAGUCAAAUUAGGAGUCAAAUUCUACGUCCAUCUAAUGCAAUGAACACAAUGGGUCACUUUUAUCAGACUGGUGUGUAUACUAGGGCUAGCAGUAGUCAAAAUGUGAAUCAUUUUGAACCAUCAGCUUUGUAUUUAAGAAAUGGUAAUCAAACUAGAAAUCAAAAGUAUAAAAAGGAUUACAAUCUUUGGUGUGAUGUGAGCAAGAUGAAAGGUCAUAUAAGAGAAUCCUGUUACAAAAUAGUUGGAUACCCUCCUAGCUUCAAGAAAAUAAAGUAUAGUAUAGGUAAUGGUCAAGGGAAUUCUGCUGCAUACAAUGCAUCAUUGGUUGGGCACCAUUCUGCUCAGAAUCAGGGGUCAACAAACCAAGGAAUUGAGAAUCAUAUCAUUUCUAAUGUCACUGGGUUGUAUCAAGGACUGCUAGAUCAAAACAAGAUGACACAACUAACAAACAUGAAUCAGCCUAGAGCACGAUCUGAUGACAUCUCAAGUAACACAACUGGUAAGUUUGUUGGUCUUAAUAAUGAAUGUUUAGAUAAAAUAGUGCAAUGGAUUAUAGACAUUGGGGAAACUAACCACAUGGUGUCUACCAUAAACAUGCUAAACAAGUCAUCUAUAACCAAAACUAAGAAUCCAAAACUAGUAUAUUUACCAAAUAGGGACAUAUCUGUGGUUACCCGCACUGGUUCAAGCUCAAUUUCAUCUAGAAGUACACUUGAAAAUGUGUUCUUAUUGCCACAGUUUAAGUAUAACUUAAUGUCUGUUUCUAAGGAUCUCUCAAGUGGGAAGGUGAAGGAGAUUGGUAGACAAGAGGAUGGGUCGUACCUACUUAAUCAAUCACCUGGAGAUUAUUCAAAUGAUGUAGUUCUAGUUGCUAAAAUAAAUCAGGAUAUUUUUCUAUCAGAAAUCAACUUGUGGCAUAUGAGAUUUGGACAUUUGUCCUCAUCAGUGUUAUACAAAUUACUUUCUAGUACAAAAGACAGUAUAGCUGAAAAAGACAAUACACGUACAGUUUGCCCUUGUGCCAAACAAACUAGACUUCCAUAUCCUCUCAAUAAAACUGUCAAGAUAUGCAGAACUGAUAAUGGUGCAGAGUUUGUGAAUGAAUUGUGUGACACAAUGUUUAAGAAUGCAUGCAUUAUAUAUCAAAGAACUUAUGCAUAUUCCCCUCAGCAAAAUGGUGUGGCUGAGAGGAAACACAUACACAUUUUAGAAGUCAGAAGAGCUUUAAUAUUAAUAGCUCAUUUUCCCUUUAAAAUUCUGGGGAUAUUGUGUGCAAGCUGUUGUUUACAUAAUCAAAGAAUGCUAUCUUCUGUCAUUGGCGUAUCACCUUAUGAGAAACUUCACAAAAGGAAACCUUCUUUAAAUCACUUUAGAGUUCUAGGGUGCUUGUGCCAUGCUAAAAUUGUUCAACAAAUAGACAAACUUCUGGCUAGAACCAAAACUGUUGUGUUUAUGGGAUAUUUAGAGGUUCAAAAGGGUUACAUAUUAUAUGACUUGAUCACUAAGUCCUUUUUUGUUAAUAGAGAUAUAGCGUUCAAAGAAACAGUGUUUCCUUUCAAAGAAAGUACAGCUGAUACACCUAUAUUCCAACAGUUUGAUGUUUUAUGUUAUGAUGAGCCUGAAUAUGCAGUUACUACUAAUCAUAGCGUUGAGUUAUCUGAUGUAGAUACAGAAUCAAAGAACUACAAGGAAGCUAUUAAGGAUCCAAGAUGGGUGGAAGCACUGCAAGCUGAGAUAGUUGCCUUGCCAAGCAACAACACUUGGGAAAUAGUCAGCUUACCAGAAGGUAAAACACCUAUAGGGUACAAGUGGAUCUAUAAGAUCAAAUACAAAGCUUCUAGAGAAGUGGAGAGAUUCAAAGCUAGGCUAGUUGCCAAGGGUUAUAUCCAGCAAGAAGGAAUUGACUACCAGGAGAAUUUUUCUCCUAUUGACAAGAUGGGUACAGCUAGGACAAUAUUGUCUAUUGUAGCUACAAAACAAUGGGACACUCAUCAAAUAGAUGUCUACAAUGCAUUCUUGCAAGGAGAUCUUUAUGAUGAAAUCUACAUGGACCUUCCACAAGGUAUUGCUCCUAGACAAUGGAAUGCUAAGUUGACAGAAGCUCUAGUAAGAUUGCAGUUUGUUCAAAGCCAACAUGACCAUUCAUUGUUUGUAAGGAAGACCAAGGAACUAUAA